AUGGAAGGAAGUGCGUUACUCCAUCGUAUAAAGCGCAAAAGAGGAAGAUGUAAAAUAGGAAACAACAUCUGUCUGGAGUCUGAAACACAAGCUCUGAAGAUGAAGCUCUUCGUGUUUAUGACGCUCGUGGCAUCUGCAGCGGGAGUAGUGCAAGAUUUAUCUGGUAAAAUGCUCACGUUUCCACAACAAACAAACACGGAUCAUAUGAGACUGAUGACAUCCAAAAGGAACUUCGGUGCUGCCUCUGUCUGUCUCAGGUCAUUCACAGACCUCAAACGGGACCACAUCCUGUUCUCAUUGUCCACACCCACCAGCGAUAAUGAGUUCCUGAUGUAUUACGACGACACCAAUAAGGAAAUGGAAGGACACGUGAAGAGUCUGAGUGCCGAGUAUGGCUACCUGGACUACAAACCCAACACAUGGCACUCCCUCUGCAUGAGCUGGGACGCCGGCUCUGGACUGCUGCAGCUCUGGUUUAACGGACAGCCCCUGGCCAGAAAGUUCAUCGUCAGCUCCAACAUAACCGGAGAGCCAAUCAUUAUCUUAGGACAGGAGCAGGAUUCUUACGGAGGAGGCUUUAACCUGAAGCAGAGUUUUGUGGGGAUGAUGACCGACGUUCACAUGUGGGACUAUGUGCUGUCGUCUUGUGAGAUCCAGAAGUAUGUGUCCGGCCUCAGCUUCACCCCGGGGAACGUGCUCAACUGGGCGGCCCUGGACUUCCAGAUCAACGGACGAGUGCUGAUCGAGGAUAAACAAAUAAAACUAAAAGAAGCAACUGGAUUGAAGAUGGCACUCGUCUACAUUGUUCUCUCCAUGCUCAUUGGAAUGGCAGCGUCCAUCCCUCGAGACAUGUCUGAGAAGAUGCUGGUCUUUCCACAACAGACAAACACAGCUCACGUCAGACUCACCACCACCAAACAGAACCUGGGAGCAGUCACCGUGUGCAUGAGGUAUUUCACAGACCUCACCCGAGCAUUCAGUCUGUUCUCCUUGGCCACGCCCACACAUUAUGAUGACUUUUGGCUGUACAAGAUGGCAGCGAGAGAUGAGAUUAAUGCUUAUGUCAGAAAUGUUGGCAUAAACUAUAAAGGGCAGGAUUUUCAGCUCAACAAGUGGCAGUCUGUCUGUGGAACGUGGGACGCAGCCUCAGGUCUGGUUCAGCUGUGGCUCGAUGGAAAACCUUCAAGUCUGAAGUUUGGCAGUACCUCCAACAUCAGUGGACCCAUGAUCAUUGUGCUCGGACAGGACCAGGACGCACACGGAGGAGGCUUUGACAUAAACCAGUCUUUUGUGGGAAUGAUCACCGACGUCCACAUGUGGGACCAUGUGCUUCCUGCAUGCCACAUCGACAGCUACAGUAAAAAGUUCAACUUUCCCUCUGGAAAUGUUCUUAACUGGAAUUCAAUAGAGUUUCAGACAAUGGCACUCGUCUACAUUGUUCUCUCCAUGCUCAUUGGAACAGCAGCGUCCAUCCCUCGAGACAUGUCUGAGAAGAUGCUGGUCUUUCCACAACAGACAAACACAGCUCACGUCAGACUCACCACCACCAAACAGAACCUGGGAGCAGUCACCGUGUGCAUGAGGUAUUUCACAGACCUCACCAGAGACGUCAGUCUGUUCUCCUUGGCCACGCCCACACAUGAUAAUGAUUUUUUGCUGUUCAAGAUGGCACCGAGAGAUGUGAUUCGUGCUUAUGUCAAAAAUGUUGCCAUAGACUAUAAAGGGCAGGAUUUUCAGCUGAACAAGUGGCAGUCUGUCUGUGGAACGUGGGACGCAGCCUCAGGUCUGGUUCAGGUGUGGCUCGAUGGAAAACCUUCAAGUCUGAAGUUUGGCAGUACCUCCAACAUCAGUGGAGCCAUGAUCAUUGUGCUCGGACAGGACCAGGACGCACACGGAGGAGGCUUUGACAUAAACCAGUCUUUUGUGGGAAUGAUCACCGACGUCCACAUGUGGGACCAUGUGCUUCCUGCAUGCCACAUCGACAGCUACAACAUGUCUGGAAAGAUGCUGGUGUUUCCAGAGGAGACAGACGUAAACCAUGUGAGACUCACCACCUCCAGACAGAUCCUGGGAGCGGUCACUGUGUGCAUGAGGUAUUUCACAGACCUCACCAGAUCGUUCACCCUUUUCGGUUUGGCCACGCCCACACAUAACAAUGACUUUCACAUUUUCAAGAUGCCACUCAACAAGUGGCAGUCUGUCUGUGGCACGUGGGACGCAGCCUCAGGUCUGGCUCAGCUGUGGCUCGAUGGAAAACCUUCAAGUCUGAAGUUUGGCAGUACCUCCAACAUCAGUGGACCCAUGAUCAUUGUGCUCGGACAGGACCAGGACUCUUAUGGAGGGUCCUUUGACCGUGGCAGAUCCUUUGUGGGAAUGAUCACUGAUGUUCAUCUGUGGGACUAUGUGCUCUCUCCGCUCCACAUCGACAACUACAGUCAAAAGUUCAACUUCCCAGCUGGAAAUGUACUUAACUGGAAUUCAAUCGAGUUUCAGAUCACAGGCAGAGUCAUGAUCCAGAAAGAGCAAAACAAGUGUUGA